AUGUUAGCAUUCAGAAGGGGAAUACAUGCAUGCUCAACGAAGGGCAAAGAAGUGGCCAGUAAAGUAGCAACUAAUGCAUUCAAGGAGUUAAAGGGUUCGCAAACUAUUUAUAAUCCUAGAACGUCUGCUGCGAACUACAAAGGUUACUUAAAGAACAAAACUCCGGCGGGCAUGUACUACAAUCCAGCACCAUCGGCUGCUACAGGCUCUAUUAACAGUGAAACGAUACCAUUAUCAUUUUUAUCCAAGGAUGACCCUCGUCGGUCGUUUAUUAAACAGUUAAGGGCCCAAGAUGCAACAGAGAGUAGAUAUGGUCCACCAGUGUUGGUCAGCAAGAGUACUGUUGAGGGAAAAAAAUACCAUUUACAACCUGAACAAAUUAACGAAAUCAUCAAACUAAGAAGUUCUGACCCUGUAACGAAUACAAGGAAGAAACUAGCUAAACAAUUUGGAGUCUCACCAUUGUUCAUAUCGAUGGUAUGUAGUGCACCAAAAUCAAGAAUAACAGAGAUGAAUGAAAGACUGAAUACUAUCAAAUCCAAAUGGCACAAACAACGUGAAGUUGCAAGAGAAGAUAGAAAAAAACGUAAUCAAUUAUGGUACAGUGCGUAA